GGUCUUUGUUAGUGAAGGAUUAAAGGAGGAGUUUAAAGUGUCACCAAGUAGAGGAGCUCUGUUGUUCACAGGAGGCUAAAUCUGGGAUUUGGAAGUAAAAAGUUAAGAAUGCCAACAUUGUUCAGGAUUACUGCAAAGCAGUGAAGCAACAAUGACAGGAUGAACCUGCUUCAUGCAGAAAGAAAACCAUUCCUCACACCUAUAAAUGAAGAAGCAAAGCAUGAAGGAGACAAUUGGUUGGCAAAGGGUGAACGCCCUCCUCAAAAAAUCCAGAAGAUCACCAUGGACAAUUGCCUUCCUGCAGUUCCAUGCCACCAGGGACUGUUUCCAGAGCUAACCCCGAGACCUGUAGAUGAGUUGCCUCCUCCCCCGAAAAUAGAUAAAUACAAGCUGGCAAGAUUUUUAACCGACAAGGCCAUCAGGGACAAAAGAAUUUUCACAAUCUGUGGCCCUUACCCAGUAAUCCGCACUGCUUUAAGGAAGAGAGGAUGGGUGGAAAGAAAAUACACCCAUAAAUGUGACAUUCAUCAGGAUCAUAAAGAUGAAGGCAACGGAACAGAGCAUAACACUGUUGGCAAAGUUGACAGCAAAACUACAUUGCGGGAAGAGGAUAACCGUUUUGCAAAUCCAAGUGACAUCCAUGAUAUAAUGUCUAGGUUGGUGAAAAAUGAAGAAACCUCCUUUUAUUGGACUAUAAAAAAAGAUGCAGUGGACUACGCUAACCUACAUUUUGAUCAGAUGCUGAACCAUUAUGCAAGAACUAGCUCCUUUACAACCAAAAUUGGCCUUUGUUUGCACAUGAGACAUUUGCCAUGGUAUGCGUCAGCCAACCCAAAUUCUUUCUUCCCUCGAUGUUAUGGCAUUUGCAUGGAGGAUGAGAGAGAAGAUUUUAUUGAUGACUUCAGGAAAACAGCAGCAUUCAGCAUAAUCAAAUGGGUUGUCAAUUUCCGUUUUUCUGGGAACAAGUAUGACUGGACAUCUAUUGAAAGCACUGAAAAAGAAGAUGCAACUAAAACUCAAGAUCCCGAUGUAAAGAAAUUGAAGGUACUUCCUGGAGAAGUGGUAGAAAUGGCGUACAAAGUGUGUGAAACUUACCUUGGGCAAAUUGAGCAUAACGACAUUGACACAGACAUAGACACUGUGCCCGUGCUGUCCGAAAACGAAUGGAAUCAAUUGAUAGAACAUUACUACACUCUCAUUCAUGACGAUGCUGUGAUUUCUAAUGCAGACAGCUAUUUCUUACGAUGUCAGAAUAUUUUGCACAAAAUUAUGCUAGUCGAUCCACAGCACGAUAUGAAUGGCCUCCAUAACAUCUGGAUUAUUAAACCUGGAGCAAAAUCCCGUGGCAGAGAAAUCAUAUGCAAGAACCGACUGGAUGAAAUAUUAAAAUUAGUUGAGCCAACGGAUCAGUUUCAAUUGAAAGAUCAUAAAUGGGUCGUCCAAAAGUACAUUGAGGUGCCAUUACUGAUUUAUGAAACAAAGUUUGAUAUCAGACAAUGGUUUCUUGUGACAGACUGGAACCCUUUGACGUUAUGGAUCUACAAAGAAAGCUACCUGAGAUUUUCCACUCAACGUUUUUCAUUAGAUAAUCUGCAUAGCUCCAUUCAUCUUUGCAAUAAUUCCAUCCAGAAGAAUUAUAAGAAUGCUCCAGAUCGCAGUUCUCACUUGCCUUAUCACAAUAUGUGGACUUGCGGCAAAUUCCAAGACUACUUGCAAAAGAGAGGCCUUGGCCACAUCUGGCGAAAUGUGAUCUACCCAUCCAUGAAGAGAAUUUUAAUCUACACCAUGAAAAUGGCUCAGGAACACGUUGAACCACGGAAGAGCAGUUUUGAACUCUAUGGAGCAGAUUUCAUUCUUGGGAAUGACUAUAAACCAUGGCUGAUUGAAAUCAAUAGUAGUCCAACCAUGUAUCCUUCCACUCCAAUUACAGCAGAUCUAUGUACUAAGGUUCAAGAAGAUACAAUCAAGGUUGUUAUUGAUAGGAAGAUUGACCGAAACUGUGACAUUGGACAUUUUGAACUUCUAUGGAAACAGCCCAUGUUGGACAUGCCAUUUAGUCCUGCUGAUCUUUUUGUGGAGGGAGUCAAUGUGAAGCAACUGAAAAAGCAUAUGGUCCCCAUUAACAAUUUCAGUUUCCUUGAACCACUUCUGAAACCUACAAAACCUACAACUAAUCAAGAGAAUACAGGAAAUUUGGUGGCAUCUCUCAAUGACAAGCAAAAACUAAAAUGUGGAAAUAGCAUUUCUUCUGCCUUCCCAAAGGCCAUCAAGAAGCUGCAAGAGAAAAGCCUGAAAGUAAAAGGCAUCCACAAAAAGUCUAUCAAAAACAUAGACUUUCCUCGCAUAGUUGAUGGUCCUGAAGCAAUUGCUAUAUCAGAGAAGAAAAAGUCCAAAACAAUUAAAGUGUCAAGCAGCCACCAAAUUGGGAGUGAUUUUGUUGCUGCCUUUCCAAGGUCACAUGCACUAGAUUGGGCACUACUUCAGCCUUCCAAAGAUACAGGUUUGCAGAACAUGAACAAGAAGUCUCCGUGCCUAAUUUGUGGAGAUGGUUUCCAGCCAGAGAAAGCGUGUAAACUCUGCAGCUCUUUUUGCGCAACUAUAUUGCAAGGAGGUUCAUUCUUACCUAUGAGUUCAUGUUCUUCUCCUGAAAAGAUGGCAAAACCCAGGCUGAAUGUCCCAUAUUAUGGGUCUCCAAAAUACUUUUGACUCUAUUCAAAGUGCCUUGAGAAAGUGUUUUUUUUUUUUACAUCUGGCACCCUAAUGAUAAGACAGAAUUUGACCACCUUUCUUGUAUAUAUCUAUAUCUAUAUAUAAAACAAGUCUAAAAGUGCUAAAAGGCCCAAUGUAUUAUCAAUUAGCAGUAACCACUGUGGCAGAUCCUGUGAACAUAGUGAAAUUCUAGCUAUUCUAACUCCGACAUUUUAAUAUUACUGUACUAUUAACUAAGGUGUCACUUUUUAAACAGGAAGGGGCUUCCACUAUUAAAACUAGUGUCUUUAGAAGGAAAAAGAUUAUUCCUUGAUCUUUCAUCAGUCAAUCAGUCAGUCAGUGUUGCAGAAAUCACACAUUUGUUUGCAUUUUACUCCGCCGAAGGACACUGUGGAACAGCCUUCUUGUGCAGUUUCACUGUAUCCUCUGUAUCAAUACAUUUUGCAUCCAUGGAUUCCAUGGCUUGAAAAUACAGGUAGGCCCUGAGUUACAAACAUCCAACUUACAAAUGACUCAUGGUUAAGAACAGGGGUGAGACAACAGGAAGUGAGAUAAAUAUAUCCAUAGGAAGGGGAGUUCACUCCUGGAAGAGUUUUCUUGGGAAAAGGAUGUCUCAACUGAAGCUUUAUAACCAAUUGUUUCAAAAUAAAUUGUCACAGGAACAGAAAGUGCAGUGAAAUCUUCUGAAUAGGGGCAUGGACAACAAAAUAAACACCCCAGGGUUAUUAACCCUUCCUUAUACUAUCCACUUAAGAGGAAACCUACAGAUCUUAUUCAUAACUUGGGGACUAUCUGUAUUUUUAAAAAUUCCAAAAAGCAAAGCUAGAUUUUGCCAUUUUACUAUGCCAUUUUAUGUAUAAGAUUUUAGCAUCCCCAGAUUUUGGUUUCCACAGGAGGUCCUGGAACCAAUCUGGAAUGUCAACCUACAUUUGACAAAAAUAGGUUAGGGAGAUGACAAACUUUGACGUUAUUGAGAGUUUUUAUAUUGAAAGGAAGAAGAUAGGCCAAGAUUCAUACAACUAUCUUCAAGCAAGGACAUUGUUCUCACAAUAUGGGGUUGUUAUUUUUUCCGGGUUGGGGGUGGAGUUGCUUCUUCUUUAUCUUGUAUAUUUUCCAAGAGCAGUGGAAGAGCAAUCGACUCCUUUCCUUAGCACCUUUCCACAAACCAACUGGUUACAAUCUUUCACAUGAAAUGGCUUUCAGCAGCAGAAUAUACCAUAUCAUCCCAAAUAGGACACAAAAUUACAGCACUUUAAAAUUUCAUUAGGAAUAUUGUAAUUCAACAUGAGAUUGCAAUUUCCUGAGUAGAUCAGUUGGGGCACAUUCUUUGGAACAAGACAGAUGUGCUUCCUGAUUAUCAGUUGUGAUUGGGAAAGAGAUAAUUGCCAACCUUGGCAUAAGAUGUAUUCUUUACUCCUUGGAGGGAAAAGAAUAUUGAGUCAGAAACUGAAUAACAUUGCAAUACUUCCGUAACAUUCUAAAAACUCUAAAAUAUCUCCCUAUAGCAUAGAGCUGUCUGAACCAGGUAUACGAGUUACAUUGACCAAUACACAUUUUGGUGUCUCAAAAGUUAGACCUAUUUCUGGGUAUAUUUGACUUCUUGAUUCUAGUUUUUGAGAUACAGAACAUACUAUAUACCAGUCUGCAUUUGAUCACCCAUCGAAAAUCAGGAUAACCAUAUCUAAGAAACUAGAACUGAUGCAGUUUAUCCAAUGCAAUUUUUUGAAUCAGCUGCCCAAAUAACCCCAGGAACAGGUCUAAAAACCAAGGCACCAAGAUUUUAUUUUGUCGGGCUGUGUCACUUAUGUUAAAUUCUUUUAAAUUGUCUUAAACCAAACCUUAAGAACUACAUAUUCAUGGAAGAUGCUUUUGUGUGGAUAUGCGAAAGAACAGAUAAUAGCAAACCAUAUUGAAAUGAAUGAUUUCUGGCUCAAGAAUGCUAUAGAGCAGUGGUUUUCAACUUGUGGGUCCCCAGAUGUUUUGGCCUUCAACUCCUAGAAAUCCUAACAGCUGAUAAACUGGCUGGGAUUUCUGGGAGUUAUAGGCCAAAACACAGGCGGACUCACAGGUUGAAAACCACUGCUAGAGAGUCAUGCUGAAGAACCUAGAAAAUGCGUAGAGAUUACACAUAUACACACAAUACUUUUUCAGUAGAUAAACGAAACAAGAAGUACUGGAUACAGAGAGCAUUUAAAAAUCAUAUUGGUUAUUUCUGUGAUGUCUCUAGACUUAGUAGCAUAUUUCGCAUGUUAUGGUGUGUCUCAAGAGACAUGCAAGCAAGCACCACGAAUUGAUUCUCCGUAAUUUGUCAUAAAAUGAAAGCACAGUAAGAUAGCCCAGUAAGAGGAGAAAUGCAUUUUAUACCUUAUGAAUUAUCAUAUAGCACUGAAAUAUCACUUAGCAAACUGUAAGCAAUAUAUAACAUCCUUUGAGUCAUAUUAAUAAUGUUUCUGUGUAGUUGUUUCCUGAAUACAAAAUAUUGCUUUUGGUGCAAAACAUGUGAAAAAUUUGCACAGAAUAAAUUCUUAACUGUAAA